CUGCACUUGUCAAAGGGUACUGAUCGCAAAAUUACAUCACAGUUCUGCCCCAAGACGCAGAGGCGAAUAACUCCAAGGGAGUUUUAACAAGUCCUUUCUAUUCGCCUUGACCAUAAAAAAUGCUUCCUUUGAAGAGAACUUUUGAGAGCGAAAACCAGCAGCUGCAUGAGCUCAACAGCAGACUUGCCCGCUACCUGUCCAGAACGAAGCAGCUGGAGCAGGAAAACACACAUCUUAUAGCGGAGAUCAGUAAACUGAGGCAGGUGAGCAGGAAAGCGGAAUGGGAGCAGCAGUGCAAAGCGGAGAUGGAGGAUCUGAGACGGAUGGUGGGACAGCUGUCCUUAGAGAAGUCCCAGGCCGAGAUGGAGAGGGAGAAGCUAUGGCGAGAGCUGCAGGCGGUCCAGAGUGUGUGCAGCGAGCAGACGGUGGUGUGCAGGGACAUCAGUGAAGAGCUGAGGGGCUGCGAGAAGGAGCUUCAACAAGCUCACAAAACCAACACUGAGCUUCAAGGGAGACUUCUUCGGUUGGACAACGAGCAUAAACGCUUGGAAGAUGCGCACAACCAAGAGGUAGCUCAUCUCCGGCAUCAGGUGGAGUCCCGGGUGGCACCCAUCAUCACGCAAACUUAUUGCGGGGCCCCGGCGGUCUCUGUAGAGGAAGUGCAGGAGUACACCCGCGGUCUGUCUGAGGGAUGGAUGGAGACGUUUGAAAUGUACCAAAAGAAGGUGGAGGAGAUGGAGCGCUCGAUUAAACUAGACCAGACGAGGCUGAUCGACCUGCAGAGGGAGAAGAUGCUUUACGCGUCCGAGUUGGACAAACUGCGCACUGAGGCGGUGAAACAGGGCCAGAUCCAAGAGCGUCUGGAGGAGCAGCUGAUGAACAUGCAGGAGCAAUUCCGCGUGGACCUGGGUGAACAUCAGAUGAUUAUUGAGCAGCUUGAACAUGAGAGGAACAUGCUGGUUGAUGCCAUGGAACAGAAAAUGAGAGAGCAUCAGCAUCUUUUUCAGGUGAAAAUGGAUCUGGGCAUGGAAGUAGCUGCUUACAGGGCUCUCCUUGAGAGUGAAAGAGCUGGCCUGCAGGAUGCCGACAGGAAGGUGACUCAACUUCAUAGGGAAAGAAUAAUAGAUAUCAAGAUGCCCCCUCAACCUUACACCCCAAGAGCAUCUACCUUAACCACAAGACAACAUUUGGAUAUCCGUUAUGCAUCACCAUCAAACCUGAGAAGGUCCCCCUUGCCCUCUUCUGGAUCCACAAGUCCAUCCAGGAUCACUCCCAUUUCGGCUGCAGAGAGGGCUCGCCAUCAGAGUCCGGCAUCUAGAAGGGAUAUGAUCUCAUUCAACAAAGCCCGGGCUGCUGCUUCUGCCCCUGCCACCACCAAGGAGCAAAAUCGUGGUCAGAGUGAAAAACAAAAAAGUCAAAAUGUGCAAAAAACUAUGGCAGAAGAAAAACUCUUGCAGAUCAAACAGGUACCCCCAGAAAACCAGAUCAAUGCUACGACUGAGAGGCAAUCUGUAAGAGUGGUAAGAACGGAAACCGAGACAGUAAGUAAACAGCAUGUGUCAGACAAGAAGGAGAACGGCAGUGCUCAUGAUGAGUUCAAAGACAAAGAGAGAGUAGAGCCUAUCACAAGCUCAGGUGAGAAAAAGAUACUAGACGGUGUCUCUGUCGAAGAGAUCAUUGACAAAGUGAUAAAACCAGCAGGUUUAGAGGCUAAGGUUUGUUCAUCGGGGGACUCACAGGUCAGUUACCAUGUGGAGAAAACUGAGCAGGAGGAUGGCACCACCAAGACACAGAUCGUCCUGGAGUCUAAAGUGGAGGAAGAACUGGAUGUUUCCAAAGAUUCAGCUCUGGAUGAACUCCUGAGCCAAGGUGUGAAGAAAGUGUCACUAGAGGACAUUGAGAAUACAGCAACAGGAAACAUGAUCAAGAAUCUGCUAAGUAGCCUUCAAGGUGAAGAAAACUUGGAAAAUAGGUCUGUCAAUGUACAAAUCAUUGAGGAACCUAUUGAGUCUCACAGUGACGAACAAUUAGAGGUUGAGAAAAAGGCUGGAUCAAGUUUUUAUGAGCCCUCAACCUACUUCCAAAUCGAGGAGAUGCAAAAUACACAUCAUGUUCCACGUGAAGGAAAAAGUGAGCUUGAUGGGAUGGAUUCUUCCCUAGAAGUCAUGGACCAGUCCAGUGGUGGGUUUGCUAAAGUCCAGAAGGUCUUUAGAGAAAGUGAAUCUCCACAUUUCUUCCAAGAUCAGGAGUUCCGAGAGUAUUUUGUGUCCACACCAGAUGAAGACCUUUCGGAAACCGAGGAAGGUGGAGGGAUAACCUCCUGUGGUCACUAUGGCAUUGUAGAUGACCUGUCAGAUGAGAGGUAUUAUCAAGAUGAAAGCCUUCCUCAGAGAAGAGUCAUCGUGGAGGAAAGUGAUGAGCACAAGCCAGGUGUUCGUUCAUUUGCCAAAGAGAAUUUCCCAGAAUGUAUCAUUGAAGAAGAAGUCCGCGUUUCUCCCAUAGUGCAAGAGUCGGUGCUCGAGUUCCUGAGAGAGGACUCUUUGGAGCCCAAAGAGCAGCUGAAGGGAGCUCUGGAGACACUUCAAAGUUCAGUAUCAGGUCCUUUGAGGGAGGAACUGGAUUUCCUCUCAAAAUUGAGCAGUGAAAAUCCACAGAAUGUGGAAGUCAAAAAGGUUGAACAGACAAGCGAUAACGGAACCAUGACGAUAGUUGCAGAGCUGAAUGUCUCUCAAACCCUUGAAGAUUCUGGGCUAUUGGAUGAUGGAGAUGAUCUUUCCAAAGAGCAAAUCAUGAAAGCUCUCAAAGCAUCCAACAUAGAGUUUGGGAAGGCCUUCCAGGAAGGAGCAGGAGCUGGGUACAGCAUCAGAGUUUCCAGAGAGGAGGGUGUUGCUGAGAUUGGGGGUUUCGAAGGCUUGGGAGAGUCUACAUCGGAAAUCACUGAGAAGCACGUUCAGCUGGAGCCAUCAGAGAAGCCCUUCACUUUUCAAAUGGAUGUUCAGGGAGGCCAUUCUGAGACAAGCUCAGGUCAAGCUCUCGGGUCACAUAUUUUGGAAACAUCCGUGAAUAAUUCUAACGAAAAACGAGUUGCAACAGUUUAUCUUGAAAGCCCCUUUGAAGGGUGAACAAAUGUAACCAGAAAUAAUUUCAGAUGGAGAAACAGAAGCUCCACAGUCAUAGCAGGCUGUAGACAACACGAAGCAAAAUGUCUUUAAAUGGUAUUAUUCAUUUAGCUAAAAACAUUAUUUUUGAUUAUAUUGCUGCUUUGCUAACACCAAAAACACCUAAUAUUAACAAACAUUAGCUUGAUGAUGCCAAGCCUGAAAUCUGCAGCAGUUUUCCUCUCAGGACUUGCCGGUUAUUAUAUUUGAUCUUUAACGGACUUUCAAGUUAUGCAUUCUCCUUUGAUUUUUUCAGUUUUAAACUGUCCUGUUGAGCUUAAACAGCAUGUUUUGCAGUCAAGAACACGUUUGAGUCAGCUACAUUUCGCCAUAUUGUUGAUUCUUCUGGAUCCAACACAGGCCCUCUGGAGUCAUGAGGUGCUACGCUCCAUUUGCAAAUUGGAGUUUUUGUGCCUUAGACUCCUCCACAAAAUAAAAUAAUGUCAGUAAAUCUUGGGGACUGUGAUUCAGUUUAAGAAGAAAGUGCAAAUGUAUAAAAAGCAGAGUUAGGCUUGUAGCCAAAAGCUUUGUGGAAAGGGAGAAGAUCAAUGUCUAGGCAAAAAAAAAAAGGCAUAAAACAUACUUGCUUGAUAUUUUAGAUUUUUUUUAGCUACUCACAAAUAACAAAAAUCUGUAUAUUUGUGUUAAUUGUGACAUGAACCUGUGCAAAUUUGUUUAACCAUGAACAUUCAGGUCUAAACAGGUAAAUUGGGGAUUUGGAAUUGAAAUUCUAGACCUCACUUUUCAGAAAUCCAAGAAUAAAACUAAAAGUAAAGGGACAUUAAAAAAUGAGGGGGAAAUGGUGAACCGCUCGUGAAAAUGUAAUCUUGUUUGCUUCUAAUGUAUGUUGUGUUUGACAGGUGUUGCUUGUUCAUCUUUGUUGGAAAUGAAAUGACAGUGCUGGCACACAGGAUUCAACUUUGCUCUGACCUAAGUGUGUUUACGACUGAAGCUAUUUUUGGAUCAUCAGCUUAGUGGCACCCAGUCUUCACUAAGGAUGGUUGUGUCGUGUCACGUUUGCAAAGGCAGAAGUGAAACACUGUGAAUUCUGUCGGAUACCAUGCAUAUUUUCUGUGUUCAACACGUUUCCACACAUUUUUAGCAGGUCUGGUUAAAAAGGAUGUCACUCGUUUAUUAGAAAUCCACAUUUCAGUGUGACACUGACAGUUCCACGCAUAAACACAAAUAUGUAAAUGAAAGAAUGUAUUCAAGUAUAAGGAAAGCUUUGUGUUUGGUAAAUGUUGAGAAACCAAAAAAAAAUUGUAAUUUCAAUGAUUUCUGUUUAAUUAAUGAUACAACUGUUUUGGUUGUCAGUUCUUAACUGGGGAAUUGAUAAAUAAUUAAAAGUUGUCAUUAGAAA